AUCAUGAGGUGUACCUUUACUCUGGUCUUGUUGCACGACACGUCAUCGUCAUCGUGAAUAGUAAUUCGCGAUAUAGUAUACACUACACUUGACUUUGCAUACCACAUAUCACUAUUUGAAGUCCAUAUAAAGUACAGGUCCUUGGAAAGAGAAGAACAAUAAAAAUGAGACAACUUAAAGGCAAAGUAAAAGAAACCCGGAAACAGAAGAAAGAACGCAAACUGGAAAACGCCGAGAUCCAAAAGAAAAUAAGUACUGUUGUCCUGCCUAUUUUAGGUGCAAUCGUCGCACUAAUAAGUGUUUAUGUUUAUAUAAAAACGCGUCCUGUGGAAUCAUAAAAUAGAAAAUAAUUUCAACAAUAGUAACCUACCUUUAUUGUUGCCUUAAACCCUCCAAUAGUCUUUAACGUAUCUUUGUGCAACCUACCUACCUAUAUGUAAAUAACACUGUAGAACCUCGUAUUUAAAGGACUUUAAAUGAUGAAUUAACUAUAUUUUACUAUAAUAGAUUUAGAACGUAUCUAUAUGCUAGCUCUUUGUUCGAUAAUAAAUUUAUUUUUAAAGAA